CCCCAACGACUCACAGAGGAUCGAGAUAUUCACCAGCAUUGUAUAUGGGUUGAGAUAGGACUAUCCACGGCCCAGAUGCUAAAUGUGCUUAAAUGUCAAUGCUUAAGGCAAUAAUCUGGCGAGAUAUAGGACCUUGAGGCACAAUAUGACCAGCUUUAGCACCAGUCACGACAGCCGCCGGGCAUCCUCCGAAGGGCGUCGUCAAUACGACGACACUGCCCGCCAUGAGGAUUUCGACGAGAGGCCAUCUCUCAUGCUCACCCGCACAAGGUCCCAGGAAUUUAGCAUGACAGAGAGUAUUGCGAUCCAAGAGACUCUACCUCCCGAGAGACCUAAACACUCCCAAGAUGGCACGGAGGAUGGUGAACCUGUCUGGCCUCACUCGAUCAGAUACCUUGUCCAACUGUGCGCAUUCCUAACAAGUCUAAGCUUUGGUGUCACUCAAGUACCAUUACUAUACGUCUUUAGACUCAUGACUUGCGAUGCCUACUACAAGGAUCGUUCAGCUCCUCCCCCAUCUUCAGUCCCGGCUUCGGGCCCCUCUUCACAUAUCCUUCCCAUGCUGGCCUACACUUUCGACAACAGCGGCAAGGACAAACCAGACAGGUGUUCUAUCCACGCAAUUGAAAGCUCAACUGCGCUGUCUGUGUCUCUCCUCGGCGCGAGCACCACGAUAUUCGGCUUGCUCAACCUCUUUUUGACAGGCAGCCUGAUCAAGCGUAUCGGCGUGAAGCGGACUCUCUUCAUCCAGGUUUUAUUUCCUGCUCUACGACUGCUGGUGCAGACUAUCGGCGUCGAAGUAUGGGGUAGUACAGGUAUCAUCAUUAUCCAGUGCAGCCAGAUUGUCAGUAUCUUGGGAGGACCGAGCGGCUACUUGCUUGCGCUGAACACCUUCAUCACAGAGGUGGUGGAGUACGAGGGCCGAACUGCUGCUUUGGGACGGCUGACAGGGGCUAUGAUGUUCGGGUCCGCCAUUGGAUUUCUUGUCGGAGGUGUUGUCGCUGAGAUAUUCGGAGUAAAGGCGCCCUUUCGACUUACGUUCUUACUCUUCAUGAGCGCCUGUGCCUAUGUCGCAAUUUUCCUUCCAUACGUCGCUCCUGAUACCCGGGAGUCGUCCCAACCUCAAUCCGCAAAGGGCAGACCCAGCACAAAGACGGGCUUGAAGCGAUUCUUUGGACCAUUGGGUGUGUUUGCACCGCGCAAGUUUAUUGGCCUGGACGGCGUUGUACGUACGGAAUAUGGUGCUUUCUUAUUGGCAUGUGGUGUAUUUCUGGCCAUCUUAGCCACCGGAUACCUCCCCACGCUUCUCCAGCUCUACGCCACCGAUGUAUUUGCAUUCGGCACCCAGCAGAACGGCUGGCUGAUCUUCAUGUACUCGAUGCUCCGUGGUGUAUUUUUGACCUUUGCUUUUCCCAAGGCCAUCUCUCUAGGUCGAGCAUUCACCACAGCUCGCCAGGCGCGGAUACGUAAACGCAACGCGUUGGAACAGACAGAGUCCAACAGCGAUACGACCGAGCGAGAUCCUCUGCUGGGUCGCACGAGCAAGAAGAAUAAUAAUGCCACUGCCAGACAAGUGGACACCAACAGCGACCGUGCCGCGAGCAAGAAACAGACAACGUUCACUUUCGACCUCACAUAUACACGAGGCUCCCUCAUCGCCGACGGUCUACUCACGCUCCUCUGCUCCUUUGUCCGGCAGGGAUGGCAAAUGUACCUCGUCGCCGCCGUCCUUCCGUUCGCAGCGGGUACGGGGUCGGCGUCAAAAGGCACGAUAUUGCAGAUGGUCGGCAGCGGCGCCAGCAGUUCUGAGCGCACCGACGCUCUCGCCGGUGUGAGUCUGGUGGAGAAUAUGGCGAGACUUUCUACCAGUACGUCAAUUGACAUUACCCCCUCCCUCCUGAUCGUUCCACCCCAGCUCGUACACCGGACCAAUCUGCUAAUUUAACCGCCGACAGCGUUCGUGUUCGGUAUGGUCUUUGCCGGGUUCACGAGCAUAGGACGGACAGAGUUGGUGUUUACUGUCAAUGCGGUAUGUUCUCCCCUUAUUCCUCACAUCCAAUCAGGCCCCCCUCUCAAAGAUGACCGGCCGAUCGAUACUUAUACAUGUAUUGGUGACGAAGGCCGUGGCGAUAGUCGGGUUCGUUGUGCUCUUAUUCGCGCGGUUUCCUCUUGAAGGAAGUGUACCGAUUGAUUCGCUCGAGGUCGACGAUGACGAUGACGAAGCAGAUGAAGACGAUUGAUUCCCUUCACGUGGGGGGAUCGGCACGGUCUUGUAGGCCGACGGCUUGAUCUACUUUCCACGACAAGAAAGACAAAAAGUUGCAUCUUAUUCAGGACGGAUUUAAUACCAUCUAAACGACAGGCAUCAAGCACUCAAUGGCGAAAAAGAAUAGAUUUGGGAAAGAUUGAAACGAUUUUUUGGAAAAGGCAAACAUCAAGGACAUUGGUAUCAUUAUUCUUCGAGCCAGAAUUUCUAAGUGAUCUUACUCCCUCUGCCUCUGUUUCUCUUACUGCGCUGUGCUGGGACAUUCUACGCUAAAGAAGGAAAAUCUCGACCUCCAGUUCGCCACUGAUGGACAUGUGAAGAUGAAUGGAAUGUUGUAGUGAUCUGUUGAAGACCUUUUGGGCGUCCAAUACGGCUCUUCACACGUCCCAUGAUUGAGGCACAUGAAUUAUGACGGGGGAGUGGUCGCCUCAUUCAUAUAUCCACAUCGAUCCUAUCCAAGAUGGCCUUCACUUCGGCACCCUUGCCCGAGCCGGCAUCCAAUUCGGUAAUCAAUUCGGCGGCUUUGGUCUUCAGCUCCUUGACCACUUUCCGCGUGUACUCGAAACUGCCAGUGCUCUCCAUGUAGCUCACGGCGUACAUCUUGACGCCCUCGUCGGUCGUCUUUUGUUUGAGGAUGUUGAUCAGCUGCAAGUUGGCCGGGUUACUCCGUAUCGAAUGGAUGACGGGGAACGAGAACUUGCCCUCCGUCAGGUCCUCACAGAGACCUUUGUUCUUGGUGUACGUGCCCGACGAGAGGUUGAGAUAGUCGUCGCACACUUGAAACACCAAAC